GUUGGAUCACAGAACAGAAGUUGCAAAGUUGGGUAGUGGUAUUCUAUCAUUAUUUGGGUCUUGAGACCUGCUACGAGUUAGAACGUUAUUUGCGUGAUGAGCCCAAAUUACAGUCCUAUAAAAAACUACACAGUGAAAUUGAUUCCUGGGAAAUAUUCUCAGCACCUGCACGCAUUCUAGAAGAACUUAAAAUUAAGGAACAAAAUUUGGACUCUAUCUCGACUACAUCCUCAGUUUCAUCACAAUGUUCGGGCAUGUCAUGGGACAGUACGGGUUCUCAGUCAUUAAGCUGUUCGGUGGUGGUUAAGAAAGAAAGACUGGACGAUGAAGAUGACGAAGAGGCUCUCAGUUCGGAUAAUGGUGAGGAGAAAAUGAUAAUUGGUGGCAUACAUCACAGUACGGAAUCAUCACAAUCUGCGCUACAACAUGUUUUAAGUACAAGCCAUAUACUAACAACGACGACUGCUACGCCAACCACUACCACAACAACGGUUAUGCAACAAUGCCCGUUAACGGAAAAGGCCAUUAAACUAAGGGUAGUGGCGGCUAAAACUCCUACUGAUCAACAUCAUCAUCACCAUAGUCCUCAGCUUAUUAGUCACACUAAUAAUCAUGAUUAUGCUUUACCCACCCUAACACCGCCCUCAUCGCCUGAAUCCAUACGUACUAACAUCUCAUCCAGCAGUUGUCAUCAGCCACAGCAGCAGCAACAACAACAACAACAUCAAGCAACAGCCCAAAUUGAUGCCAAUGAAUUGGCUGCUCUGAUACAACAACAGCAUAAACAGCAGCAGCAACAACGUCUUGGCCAUCAACAGCAAAAUCAGCAACAAACCCAUGUGCCACCUACUACUACUGCCAUUUUACGUUUUCCCGCCGCUGUCGCUACUACAGCCACUGUAAGUCCCACUACUAGCAACACAGUUCCUCUGUUACAACAGCAACAACAACAACAACACCAGUCACAUAAUGUACAACCAAUAACCACCACUCAACAGCAGCAACAACAACAUCAACAGCAGCAGCAACAACAACAACAAAAACAGUCUCAGUCUCCAGCAAAUCAUGUCAGCACAGCUGUACCUCAUCAUUUGACUAUACAAACAGCUAGUGCUGCUACCAAUACCGAUCCCCAAUCGGUUAACACUACCACUACACAUCAACUCAGCCAUACAACAAACAUUCCCCGCAGCACUAUUGUACGCUUGACCACUACAAAUGGCAAACAGAGUGGUGCCAUUAGUUUGGCCCGUGUCAUACAAAUGCAAAGCAACAAUAGUGGGAAUUUAUCAGUGGCCGCUGCUGCUCUACUCAAUACAGCUCAGGCGGCUGCCGCUGCAGCAGCAGCUGCUGCUAAUGGUGGCAAUGUUGUGGGGAAUACGACGAAUAAUUUGACAUCGGCUCAGAUCACACAGAGGGGUACUCAGCUACAGAAUCCUCAAGUAACAACACUGACCACAAAACCUCAUCAACGUCAACAACAGCAACAGCAGCAGCAACAACAACAGCCAACCUCAGUACAGCAACAACAGCCACAACAACAACAGCAAUUACAUGAACAACACAGUCCUGAUGCUAAGCGCCGGAUACACAAGUGUCAAUUUGUAGGCUGCAAAAAAGUCUAUACAAAAAGUUCACACUUAAAAGCUCAUCAACGGACACAUACCGGCGAAAAACCGUAUAAAUGCUCCUGGGAAGGUUGUGAAUGGCGUUUUGCCCGCAGUGAUGAAUUGACACGUCACUAUCGCAAACACACUGGCGCCAAACCCUUUAAAUGCCGCAACUGUGAUCGUUGUUUCUCACGUUCCGAUCAUUUAGCGUUACACAUGAAACGUCAUAUGUAAAUCAAACUAUAAAACUAACAAACCAUCACCAGCCCGAGAUUAAAAGCGCUAGAGAGAAAGAAAUCUUCCAACUGAAAUUUAAAUAAAUAAAUAUAUUUUAUUUAAUUAUUAAAAAAGAAGCAGUGCAAAAUUCCUGGAAAAAAACAAAACAAAACUAUACUGUAAAACUCCUUACAAAAACGUAAUUUAAAUUAAGUUUCUUUAAGAGCAUUUAAGAGAAGUUGUAGUAUAUAAUUAAGAGCAAAAAAAAAAUUAUUAGAAAAAAGGUAAGUAAAGAGAAAAAGUUUUACACUAGGAGCGUUAUGUGCCAUCAUCAUCACACAUUUUUUUAUCAAAAAAAAAUUAAAAAAACAAACAAACUUUAAGAAAAAUGUAAAUUAAAAAGAAAUUUAAUUUUUAUUUAAGAGAAAAAAAUUUUAUUAAUUUUUUUUAUUAUAAUUUGUGGAGUUGAUAAAAAUAUGUUUUUAGUUUUUUAAGUAAAAUAGUGAAGUAUGAAUGUAUGUAGUAAUAUUAACAAGAACAAAUCAAAUUUCUACCAAAGUAAAGCAAUUUAUGUUUUUUUUUAUAUAUAUAUAGAAGUAAUACGAUAAUUAUUAAUUAAUUAUUAAUUAUGUUUUAAGUAAGUUUUAUUUAUAAGUUUUUCAAAAUUUUCUUUUUUCCAAAACUGUUUAGUAAAAAAUAAUAUUUAGAGUAAAAAAUUUGCUAGUGUAAAGCUAAACACUGCCAAAACAAAAUUAUUACAAAAAAAAAUCAUAACAAAACUUAAAUGAAUUAAAAAUUAUUUUCGCAAAUUUAGAGUUUCCAGCCUGGAUAAUAAUUUACAAAUAUUAAAAUCAAACCAUUUGGGCAAGUAAUUACUUAUAUGACUUAGGCAAACUUUGACAAAAGCUUUUAAUUAUAUUAUAAGCUUUUAAAGCAGCAUUGCUUAGUCAUUUGAUUACUGGCUUAAAAGACUGAAACAUUUUUUUAUUAAUUUGUGCUGAUUUUUAAAAUAAAUUUCCAAAUAUUUGUUUAAUAUUAUAUCUAGGCUUUAGUUUAUAUAUAUGUUUUUUAAAUUUUUUUUAACAAAAUAAAUUUGUUUAUUUUUAUAUUAAAAAUUUCAAGUGCAAAUAAUGUUUCAAACAUUUAUGUUAAAGAUAUUAGUUAUUAAGUUCUCAUAUUUAUUAAUUUGUUGUUUAAAAAGAAAAAACAUUAAACCAACAAUUUUGAUAUAUUAUUAUUUAAAUAAAAAUGGUAUUCUAUUCUAAUCAAUUCUAUUCAAAACUAAAACAAAUUAUU